AUGGAAAGAAAACAGACUUAUGGUCACUUGGUAUUUUACUUUCCAAGAUCUGGACGUGGCGGUAAGCAUUUUUUGAAAGACUUUGAAUACAAGGAGAAAACUCAUCUUUUACUUUUACAAUUCUAUAUUACUUUUCAAUGGUCUAAGGGCGUAUCACUUGAGAAAUCGGUUGCCGCUAUGCUUUCAGAGCCUUUGAGCGUUGAUGUGUCUCAGGUGCCGGCGCUAUUUCUGCAAAUAGACUCUUUAUGCUUACAUUCUACCUAUAUUCCUUCAUCGAAAAGCCUAUUUCACGACGCGAAGCAAGUGAGUAUAUUGAAGGUCACAAGUGAGCACACCGCUGAUCUGUAUGUCUAUGUUUUAAGUCACAUAAAGCUUUUAUCAGGCAUUGAAGAAGACGGUAGCGAUAAAUCUUUUCAAUCAGCAAAGAGUGAGAAAGAUUCUGAACUCAUGUGA